UAAAGUUUCCCCUAAAAUUGGAUAGUUGGAUAGGUGUCGAGCAGUUUAACCGGAAGUGAUUCUGUACUCUGUAUAAAAAUAUAACGGAAACAUAUAAAAAGAAUAAAUAGCAAUUAAUUAAUAAAAUAGAAAUAAAUAAUAAAACAAAAGUUUAAUGAAAAAAACUUAAAUUAAAAAAAAGGUCAAAAUAAAAUUUCAAAACAAAGCCUCGUAGUGGCUAUUUAAUGCGCAUGUUUAGAAAUUUAUGCUCAAUUUUUUUUUUCGAAGUAGUAGAUGGUAGAAGAUGAAAAAGGUAAAAUCGUUUGCAGCGAAUUCCUCCUAAAAUUGCAGUUUGGCUUGUAUUUUUGCAAUUUAAUUAAAUAAAGUGAUAGUAAUUGAAAUAAUAUUUAAUGUUCAAAUAAUUGUAUGAUAAAGCUGUGAAAUUAACGUCUUUACUAUACGUACAGAAUGUGAAUAUAAUUAUCAGUGAGCAUUUAAACACAUAAUAAUAUAAAUAUCCAAGUGCAUACAGUGUGCGUAAAAAUCACGUGAUUGUACUUAAACGUAAAGAAAAAAUCAAUUACAAAUCCCAAACCAAUAAUGAAUCAAAAUUAUAACUUUUGUAAAUGGUCUUAUAUUGAAAUGGAAUAAAGCCAGAUUAUGAGGUACCCGAGUACAAGCGUAAAUGAAUUUGCCACAAUAAACAGUGAACUAAAGGCAGUAAAAAUAUGAAUUUUAUAGUUGAAUAUAAAAAGCAUGCAAAGCUUGAACGGGAGUGUAUUGAUUAGUGAGUUAAAAAAUGCAAUAUAUUUUAUUUUUGGCGACAAAUUUAAAGUGUAAGAAUAACUACAAGAUGCGAAACAACAUGUAAUCAAAAACUUAAUUAGAGUUAAUUACCCGACACGUGAAUGUUGACGAUAAAAACUUAUGUACAAAAUUCCUAGCACUUAUUACUUAGAAGCCUUAAAAUGCUGAGUCAAUUACGGUUUUAUUGAAUUCGCUUAAUCUUUGAAGUUUCAACUAUUGAUGAGCCAUGCAAUCUGCUGCUGAUUGCAAUGGUACCAAAAGCAACAACAACGGUGUCACGACCACCACAAUCAUGCAAAGCGAUAUAACGAGUGCCGGCAGUUGCGACGAACUUUUAUCACAUGAUGUAACGUCACCGGGAAGCUUCACGCCAGCCGUUUUGCUAACCCCAGUGGCAAUGUUGGAGCAAACGAGUGUGCUGCGCCACCGUUUGCAAGUUGGCGUCGGUGUCGGCCAUAGCAUCGGGACCUCGGUAAUGAACUACGGUUGUCCGGCUACUGUAGGAACUACUGUAGCAACUAACAUGGUUGGAAGUUUUGCUUCACAUCCCAUUGAUAUGGUUGAAUAUCUUGGUAGCAACACAGAGCGUAUGUCUGUUACGCCGUCUCCUUCACCACAAGCAUCGCCGUCAAAGAGAAUAGAGAAAAACUCUGUCGUCAUAUCAACAAAUUCUACGUCGAAUACCACGCCGAAUACAGAAUUUAAGUUGGGGUCUGGGCAAUCCAAUAUUUCUAGCUCAAGUUCCAGCAGUAAUUCAAGUUCUAAUUCGACUAUAUCGUCUGUGAUCGCAACACCAAUUAGUAUUAAGCAAGAAAUGGCUCGACGACAAACACUGGUUGUGGAAAGCUAUGUCGAUGGCUUUAAUAUUGACGCUGGUUCUACGUUCUCGACAUCAGGAGAUAUAUUAGCUUUAAAUGGCAAAGAACGUGCCGAACACCGAGAUGUACUCCCUAUUAGAGGGCUUCCACCACACACUGCAAACGAGGAACAUUUAGGAUUAUACACACCAACAACACCAUUGACACCGCGGUCGCCACCGUCAUCGCCACCAUCACUGUCAUCAUCAACAAACUCGUUAGCACCUAGUAUGAAUUUGGAAAGCACAUCGAUCGUGCAGUCAUCGAAAAGUUCAUUAAAUCUAAAGUCGCUCGCAACAACGAAAUCACCCGCAUUCAAUUCCACUAAGCAGCUACAGAAAUGGCAGGAUAUGCCAAAAUAUUUGCAGUUCAAUCCAUAUGUGCUGAACGGCUACCGACCCCUGACAACAUUCCGUGGAUGUCUGUGGAGCUUGUUCUCCUGGCACAAUGAAACCGUUAAUAUACUCACUCAUGCCAUUCCGAUUUUCUACAUUUUGGCAAUUGUACCGGGUCUUAUGCCAUGGGAACAGGAAUACCGCUUUUUAUCAUUUUGCCAUCUUUUCGGUUCGGUAGCUCCAUGGUGCGGAAGCUUUAUAUAUCAUCUCUUCAUGAAUAUUGAAAGUGGAGAACACGUCUACUACACUUUACUGAAAUUGGAUAUGGUCGGAAUAUGGGUCAGUCAAAGUUUUGGUGCUUUGCCGCUUGUCACAGCAACAACGUUUUGUUUUAGUCCUUUUUGGAAAUGGUUUAUCAUAUUAUCCUAUUGUUUACUGUCGCUUUGGGGUCUUUAUAAAGCUCUAACGGCAAGUUCCCCUUGGCAACGUCGCCUUUGCUUCGCUCUGCCCUUCACUAUGCGUUCAAUAUUGACACUAUUUCGAACUAUGGAUGUAUGGGUAGGAGGAAGCCGGAUAGCACUUUCUCACGUUUACCUCCAGUUAGAAGCAGAUGGUGUAUCUAUAUUGGGUGGUGCUAUAGGCGCUUUGCGUAUACCGGAGAAGUGGUUUCCUGGCGUUGUGGAUUUCUAUUUAAAUUCCCAUAAUAUUAUGCAUGUGCUGGUGGUAGUUGCGGUGUACUCAAUGCAUAAAGCAACAGUAAAAGACUUUGAAUGGAUGUCGGCAACGAAUUGCAAUGCUCCUGCAAAUAACACCGCCAUACUAAUGGGUACUUUUACCUCAAAUGUGGAACUAUGACCUCUUAAAUACCACAUAUUAUACAGAUAUUUGUUUCAGUACAACUAUAAAUAUACUAACAUAAAAAGGCUCUGAAUACGCAAUUCAUGUGUUUAACAAGAUUCCAUCGAUGCAGCAAGUGGUAUUUGUUAAAAAGUAUUCAGUUAUACAGUAACCGCCAAACAUAAAGCCACAAAUAAGUAUAGGCUGUAAAUGUAAAGUUAAAAAAGUAGAAAAUUAUUAUUCUUCCACAUUUUUUAUGAAUUUCCAUAAGAAUUUGUAAUUGGAGUAAACGCGGAAUAUGGACACCCUCUUCUCUAUUAAGAAAUAUCAUCGUUGUUAUAUUUAUAUUAUCAUUAUUAUUAUAUGUAUAUUAAAUCUUCUUUGGUACAUAUACAUACAUUCAUAAGCAAAGAUUUUGCAGGAGUUUUGGGCUUUUCCACAUUUAAAUAUAUAGUAUUAUGAAAAAAUUUGUAUUAAAAUAAGAGAAAACGUUAACUUCGGUUUCUAACAAGGGCUCGAGUUCAAUCGGUCAUUUUGUAUGACAGCUAUAUGUUAUAUUGAUCCGAUCUGAAUAAAUUUCGUCAAGAUAACUUGUCAAAUGAAAAAAGACCUUUUCAUAGUUUAUAUGGCUGCUAUAUACUAUAGUGGGCCGAUAUCGGCGGUUCCAACAAAUGUGUAGCGUCUUGGUGAGAAAAGGACGUGUGCAAAAUUCUAAUCGAUAUCCCAAGAACUGAGCGAUUAGUUCACAUGUAUACAGUCGGACAUGACUAAAUCAACUGAGCUCGUCUCGCUGAUCAAUUAUAAACACACAUAUGUAUGUACAUACAUAUAAGUAUACUUUAUAGACAAACCUCGCGGCAAACUUAAUAUACUCUGUUCAAGGUAUAAUAACGUGACAAAAAUGGUUGAUAGUAAGCAUCAAAGGAGCACCAAUAUCGCUUACAAUAAUAAUGGGUACAAGUAGUGAAUUUCAAAAAAAAAGUUUGUAAGUCUAGAUUGAAUGUCCAGUCCGUUCAAAAAAUGUCGUUUGAGGAAGGCAGCAAACUAAUCUGGUGUAUUUACACGAAACGAAGUUUGCCCAACUGACAUUGUUAGUUUUUUUAUUAUUUCAUAAGGAUUCAAUUAUAUAAGAUUGCAUCUAUAGCCCAAAUACAAAAGUUUUUCAGAAGCGUUUUAACUCAUUAUAUCAAAAUCAUUCGUUUUAUUUUGUUUUUAUGAUCCAAAAAUAAAUUGUUCGAACUUCCAGCCAAUAAAAAUGUGUUUUUGAGCGAUAACUGAAUACGAAUAGAUUGUUAUCACAAAGUGUAUUCAACAGAGGGAAAUAAGUGUGGUAUUUGACCUACGCUUAUUUGACAAUAAAAUUGUCGACAAAUCAUGUAUUUGUUUAUAUUAAGACGUCUUCUGCUCUUUUGUUUUGAUCUUGAAAAAUAUGAAGCCACUUGCUUUACAUACAUACAUAAGUAUGUACAUAUAUGUCCAUAUGUAAUAGAAAUAGCAUUCUGCAUGGCAUGUAUAGCUUCCGACUAGCGGAAGAUUAUAACGCAAAAAAGUUUAUCUUGAGGUAUGGUAAAAACGUAAAAUUUCUUUUUAAGAGAAGAUGAGGCUAUCAUACUUGUUUUCUUCAAGAGUGGUAAGUAAUUUUAAUGAAGGUACUGCAUAGGGUCUUAGUUGUCUUAAUUUAAAGAGGAGACUCUUUUAUUUCAGGUGGAGCAGAAAACAUUGGUAAGUUACUUCCAUGAGUUGUUGUUGUGUACAAGCAGCAAGUACUCGGCGUUUUUUUUUAUUUAAAAAAUUAUGUUUUUCGUUUUGAAAUUUCUUUGCUUUUGAAUUUCUAAAUUGUAAGGGUUAAAUCAAUGACAUCAUAUGUACAUAUCAAAUAAGCGUAAUGAAAAAUGAAAUAUCAGAUACUUAUUUCACUUUGUUGAAUAUACUUUGGUUAAUCACACUUCAAAAUGUAAACAUGAAAUGCUCGAGAAAAACAACAAAAAACUUUGUAGGACAUUGUGGGUCAAACAAUUGUUUCCUAAAAAGAAGUAGGCUCCGCAUAGAAGUUGUUCAAGUUACAUUGAAUAAUUUUAGCAAUUACUUCUGUUAAUAAUGUUAUUUGUUUUUAAUGUGUCAUUAUUCAAUGUUCAAUUUUUAUGUAAACAAAAAAUAGUUCAAAGAUAUAUAAUAUAAACAUGUAUUUUAUUCGUCAUACAAUAUCCUUUUCACACUCAUAAAAAUAUUUUAAUCUAACUCGUAUGUGAAUUAAAGAGCAAGAAAAUGAAAUAUACAUACAUAUACACACAUAUGAUACACAUGUGAAUCAUUGAAGAAUAUUUUAUCAGCGCACUUAUAAGACAAAGAUUUUAAUUCACAAAAGUAUAUACGAAUGUACCUCAAAUAUUGUAUCUAAUAAGUAAUCAUAAAGUUGUUACUUAUGGAGUACGAAUGACCGCUAAUAAACAAACGAAAAAGUGAAAUAAUUCCUGAAAUCGCAUAAAUGCUAAUGACGAAACUUGCAUUUGUGUUUAUGGAUUUUUCGAAAUUCAUUUGAAACUUACUCUGCAACUGUGGUAUUACAUUUUAAGGAAAUAACUACCAAAAUUUAUUAUAGAUAUGUAUAUAUUAAACGAUUUCCAAAGCAGCAAUAAAUAAAAUAUAGAAUAUAAAAAACAUACCAUAUUUCGAAAAACAUAAUAUUGGAACAAAUAUGUAUAAUAGAAAAACAAAAAUAUUCUGGGUUUGAUUCACCUCACAUAAAAAUAUUUAGUUUUCGUCAGAUAAUUUUAUGUAAUUCGGAUUAUUGUCAGAUCUAUAUUCAUUAUUUACAAAUAAUAUUGGUUAGUUUCCUGACUGGAAAAGUUCUCCGUCCAGCUCCAUGUUACUUAUGUAUUUUCUAAUAAAUUUUAAAAUAAUUUAAAACGCUAAUCCUUUUCAUACAUAAUUAAAAUUACGUGUGAUGUUGCAAAAUGAUUUCGGUAUAACUACAUAUGUAUUUCCUACUUAUUUGACAAACAUAUGUAUGUAUUUACAAAAUUUGUACAACAUUUUCCUAUUCCUCAAAAAACUAGCAUUAUACCUUAAUGACGUAGCCUCUCAGUGCCCAGAUUGGUCUCCGGAAUGUUAGUAUUAAAUAUGAGAAUAAACAGUUACAAAUUACUAUAUAUCUUCUAAAAUACAUAUGCAUAUGUAAAUUUACUUUUAAGUAUUAAAAUGUUUAAAAUUUUAGAUUGUAAAGCAUAAAAUAUGUUAAAAUGCAUAUUGCAUGAUUUGCAUUUCUCUGUCUAGAAUAACAUAUAUUUUGUUCUGUUGCACCUUAUGGCAAUUUAAAUACUUCUGCUUUAUAAAAUUGUGUAAGGAUUUAUAAGUAACUACCGUUAUGAAACAGAGAGAUACGAUUAAUUCAUUCAUUAACAAUGUAUGCUAUAAUGAUUUAAUUCUAAAUAUCUUAUAUUGUUUUUUUAUAGCAAUAAAACGCUUGCGAUUGUUACUGCUAUUCGCAUCUAUAAUGCGAGUAAUCCAAAACGACUGCGUUGACGAAAAUUUGCUAGCCUUUGCUCAGCAGUAAUUAUUAACUAUUGUUCAUAGCUAUUCAAAUUAUACAAAUGCUAGUAUGUAUUGUCAAAGAAAUCGCAAUGAAUUGGUUGAUUGAAUAAUAAAUAGUUCCAAUUAUGCAAGAUAUAAUGAUGUACGUAAAUUGUUGCAGGCACACGGUUAGAGUUUUGAAUGUUCAUUCGGUCUGUUUCGACGUUGCUAGACUGUGGAAAGGUAUGAAUAAAUGUAAUAAUUAAUUAAAUAGCUGUUCGAGUUCGUACAUUAUAUCUGUUAUGUUGUUUGUAUAGCUCAGCUCUAUAUUGUAACGUCAAAUAUUUAGCUUAAACUUAAAUCCUACAAGACAGAUAUACAUGCGUAUAAAGGAAAAAUAAUUUACUUCUUUAAAUCUCGGUCGGAAAAAGAAAGGAGAGGGGCGUGGUUGAAUCUUUAAGGGUUAACAACAGUUUAUCUUGUAGGUAAUUAAAAUAUCUAUAAUUUUGCUAUAGAGACCUCAAAAUUUAUGUGAAAAAAAUUCAAAUAACUAACUUUUAUUUUUAUAUUGUUAAAAAAAUUAUUUGAGGAAAUUUGGUGUAAAUUUACCUUGUUAUGACCCAAAUACACUGUAUUUUUCUUUACUUAAAAAAUUUAGGAAGAAACCAUAUUUUCACUUAAGGGGCACACCUAGUGUGACAACGUAAAUUUUUGGGAAAAAAACGACUAUAUUUAUUGUUUUGAAAAUUUCAGGGUAUAUUUAUGCAAGUCUUAAGAAUACACAGUGGAAAACAAAAUUAAAUAUUUUUUGACGCCGCUAAUAAAAUAAAGUCCUCCACUGUUGCAGUGAUUUCGGCCUUCCCCGUGGAUGACACUUGGAAAUAAAAUUUCUCGUUAAGCUAUUCAAACAAAAA